AUGGAAAUAAUAAAGCAGGGCUUUUCCCGCGAGGAAAGAGAGAGGAGACUGGAGAUUUUGAUGAAAGUAGGACAUAAAUAGGCUGACCAAGAAACAAAAUUAGCAGAAAAAGAGCUUAAUGAGUGGAGGAAAGACAAAAUAAUUCCAAAUUAUAGUAAAAUCCCUCAAAAUGUAUAUAAAUUUGAAGAAAUCGAUAGAAAAGAAUCACCUGUAAAAACCCCUUUAAUAUCCGAAAUAAAUAAGAAUCCAAAAAAACCAGAAAAAGACUGACACAAGCAUUAUAAAGAACUUAAAGCUAGGUUUAUAGAGCAAGAAAAGCUCCACAGCAAAGAAAAAGAAAGAUUUCAGGAGGAAAUUGAAAGGCUCGAAAAACUUAUUGAUGAAAUCCAGAAAAAUAGAAGCGGCAGCAAUUUAAGCCAAAUUAAAAUUCUUGAGCAAGAAAUUGAGCAGCAUAAAGUACAAGUGAAUUUAAAGUGUGCUGAGAUUGAAAAUCUAUUGAAAAUCCAGAAGCAAAAAGAUAUUGAAAUUGGGAAAAUAAAGGUUAAAUAUCAAAAUCUGAAAGAAAAAUUACAGAAAAUAAAGACUGAUCAAGAAGAAAAAGCGAAAAAAGAAGAAAACGAAAUGAAAUGGAUAAAAAAUGAGCCUGCACAAAAAGCUGUGUUGAAGAAAAAGAAAGUAAAAAAAGAGCCUCAGCUGUGCAAAGACUGUAAAAUCCAAUCUGACGAAGAGCAUUGAAGGAAUGUAGCAUUAGAACUUACAGAAAAAUAUUUUUCAGCACUGAAAGGGUUAAAGGAAGAUUUAGGGAGUUUUAAAGAAAAUUUGGCAAAAACUUAUCACAAUAAGUUUAAGUCAUUCACUGAGCACUAUAAGAAAAAACUCAUUAAAAAGUUGUUAAAAUCAAAUGAAGCUAAAUAA